AUGUCCAUUUUUAGUUUUAUGAUUAUAAUUGGUUCCAUUUAUCUUCUUCUUUUCCAAACAGUUUUCUCUGCAGUUGCUAGUAUUCAUCAAUUUGAAUCCAUCAGCGAUGGCACAACCUUGGUUUCUAAAGAAGGAAGCUUUGAGUUUGGUUUCUUCAGUGUCGGAAAUUCCAAGAAUCGUUAUGUCGGAAUUUGGUACAAGAACAUCCCGGUUCAAACCGUCGUUUGGGUUGCAAACGGAUGCAACCCAAUUAACGACUCCUCUGGCUCGUUGACCAUAAACAACACAGGCAAUCUUGUGCUCCUGUAUCAGAACAAGACUGUUGUGUGGUCGACGAACUCGUCUAAACAAGCCCAGAAGCCAAUAGUAGAGCUUCUAGAUUCCGGCAAUCUUGUACUAAGAGGUGAGGAAGAUGGAAACUCCGAGAACUAUUUGUGGCAAAGCUUUGACUAUCCUUCGGAUACAUUGUUACCAGACAUGAAAUUAGGGUGGGAUCUGAAGAGGGGUCUUGAGCGGCGUGUCUCGUCUUGGAAUCGUUGGGAUGAUCCUUGUCCUGGAGAUUUCACUGAUGGGGUUGAGUUUAAUCGACAACUACAGACUUUCCCCGAAAUUUAUAUCAGAAAGGGCACCGAAAAGUUCUACCGCACCGGACCUUGGAAUGGCCUUCGUUUCAGCGGCGCACCGGAACAAAGGACAAACCCACUUUAUAGUUACUACUUUGUUUGCAACGAUGAUGAGGUGUAUUAUGCAUACUACCUCAUGAAUAAGUCAGUGAUCUCAAGACUAAUUCUAAACCAAACCACGAGUUUGCAUCACCGACUUAUAUGGAUCGAGACCGAUAAAACUUGGAGGCCUUACUCCUCAUUACCUAGAGACGACUGCGACAAGUACGGUACCUGUGGAGCCCAUGCAAAUUGUAUGAUAAACGACAGUCCGAUCUGUCAUUGUCUUGAUAGAUUCAAGCCCAAGUCUGUAGAGAAAUGGAAUUCAAUGGACUGGUCCGACGGAUGUGUGCGGAAUAAUCCGUUGAACUGCACGGAGAAAGAUAAAGACGGGUUUGUGAAAUAUUCUAGCUUGAAACUUCCAGAUGCAACGCAUUCCUGGGUGAACAAAACUAUGAAUCUAAAGGAAUGCAGGGCCAAAUGUUUAAGCAACUGUUCUUGCACGGCAUAUACGAACUCCGACAUCCGAGGACAAGGCAGUGGUUGUGCCAUCUGGUUUGGUGAUCUGAUGGAUAUCAGGCAAUAUUCCGACGAAGGACAAGAUCUGUUUAUUCGCAUGCCACAUUCAGAGCUAGGAAAAUCUGAUAGUAAGAUGAGAGCAGCAAUAGCAGUACCUAUCAUUGGAGUUGUUCUUGGUAUGCUUCUACUUGGCUAUUGCAUUUGCAAGAAGCGUUCAAAAGACAAAAUAGAUAGAAAUGAAACAAUAAGUCAGCAUGGAGGCCAAGAGGAAGACCUGGACCUUCCUUUGUUCGACCUGUCUUCUGUAACUACUGCCACCGAAAAUUUUGCGCCUCACAAUAAGCUUGGAGAAGGUGGUUUUGGACCUGUCUACAGAGGUAUGUUAGAAGGUGGCCAAGAAAUUGCUGUAAAGAGGUUGUCAAUAAGUUCUGGGCAAGGAGUAAGAGAGCUAAAAAAUGAAGUAAAAUUAAUUGCGAAGCUUCAACAUCGAAAUCUUGUGAAGCUUCUUGGAUGUUGCAUUCAGGGAGAAGAGAAAUUGUUGGUUUAUGAAUAUAUGCCGAACAAAAGCCUUGACGCUUUCAUUUUUGAUCGAAAGCAAGGAAAUCUACUCGAAUGGCCAGAGCGCUUCCAAAUCAUAUGUGGAAUUGCCCGAGGACUUCUAUAUCUUCACCACGAUUCUAGAUUGAGAGUUAUACAUAGAGAUCUCAAAGCUAGUAACGUGUUACUUGACAAUAACAUGAAUCCCAAAAUUUCGGACUUUGGCUUGGCAAGAACCUUUAGUGCAGAUCAGACAGAAGAAAAGACGAGCAGAGUAAUUGGAACUUAUGGCUAUAUGGCACCCGAAUAUGCAUUCGAUGGCUUAUUCUCAAUAAAAUCAGAUGUCUUUAGCUUUGGUGUAUUAGUGUUGGAGAUUAUAAGUGGAAAGAGAAGCAGAGGCUUUCACCAGCAAAAUCAUGGUCUUACCCUCAUUGGACAUGCAUGGACGUUGCAUAAAGAAGGGAGAUCAUUAGGAUUGCUUGAUAAGCAGGUAUUAGAAUCACUCCACAAUGUAAAACAAGUGUUGCAUUGCAUUCAUAUCGGUCUCUUAUGCGUGCAACAAAGCCCGACGGAUAGACCAAACAUGUCCUCUGUGGUUUUGAUGCUGGGAAGUGAGAGUGAGUUGCCUCAGCCCAAACAACCUGGCUAUUUCACAGAGAUGGCUGCAGUGAAAGGAGAUCAUUCCCCCAUGAACCUUGAAUCUUCUUCCACGAAUGAUAUGAGCAUUACAAUGCCGGAGGCUCGAUAAGGCUUACCUAAAAGUCCAAACAUUAGCUUUAGCUUAUACUAAAGUCAACACCUAAUGAGCUUCAACAGUUUGUUGCAUUUGGUGAGAAUCAGAUGUUUGUAGUUUUGCAGAAACAGUGUUGUGAAAGUAAUUGCU